GCGGGGCUAAUGUAUUAGUCAACCCUAUCUGACCUUCAGAAGAACACACCAGCCGAGGCACACACACUGUUAAUGACAGCCAGGAUAGAGGAUGUAGUUGGACCUGAACUCUCUUAACGUUAUAUCCCAAUGGUCGGCACUGUACUGCUGCUCUGUUAACGCGACCUGCUUCCUGUUUUUAUCUGGAAACAACAACAUGGGCCGGAAGGUGACUGUAGCGACUUGCUCGUUGAAUCAGUGGGCUUUGGACUUUGAAGGCAACUUGGAGAGAAUACUGAAGAGUAUUGAGAUUGCUAGGGCUAAUGGAGCUAAAUACAGACUGGGCCCAGAGCUGGAGAUAUGCGGAUAUGGCUGUGCGGACCACUUCUAUGAGUCCGACACGUUGCUCCACAGCUUUCAGGCCCUGAGGAAGCUUCUGGAGUCUCCCAUCACCCAGGACAUCAUCUGUGACGUGGGAAUGCCCAUCAUGCAUCACAAUGUGCGUUACAACUGUCGGGUCCUGUUCCUCAACAAAAAGAUACUGCUGAUCAGACCUAAAAUGCUGAUGGCCAACCAUGGGAACUACAGAGAGCUGCGCUGGUUCUCACCUUGGAACCAGUUAAGGCAAGUGGAGGAGUAUUUCUUGCCUAGAAUGAUCCAGGAGGUAACAGGGCAGGAUACAGUCCCAUUUGGUGACUGUGUGCUGUCCACAAAGGACACGUGCAUCGGCACUGAGAUAUGUGCAGAGCUCUGGAGCCCCAGAAGCCCCCAUAUUUCGAUGGGUCUGGAUGGGGUUGAAAUCUUCACUAAUUCAUCUGCUAGCCACCACGAGCUCCGUAAAGCUGACCAAAGAGUCAACCUGAUCAAGUCAGCCACCACCAAGAGUGGAGGUAUCUACUUGUAUGCCAACCAGAGGGGCUGCGAUGGAGACCGUGUCUACUACGAUGGUUGCGCCCUGGUGGCCAUCAAUGGAGACAUUGUGGCACAGGGAGCGCAGUUCUCCCUUAAUGAUGUGGAGGUGAUUACAGCCACUCUUGACCUUGAGGAUGUGCGAAACUACAGAGGAGAACUAUGCCAGCCACACAUGGAAAGUGAACACAAACCUUGCCACAGGGUCAAAGUUGACUUUUCUUUGUCCGAUGAUGGGGAUGAUAUCUACCUCCCUACCCACCAACCAAUAACAUGGCACUUUCACACACCAGAGGAAGAGAUCUGUCUAGGGCCGGCCUGCUGGCUGUGGGACUACCUGAGGAGAAGUGGACAGGCGGGUUUUCUGUUGCCUCUGAGCGGAGGUGUCGACAGCUCCUCCACUGCCUGCAUUGUCCACUCUAUGUGUGUGCUGCUCUGCCAGGCUGUAGAGGACGGCAACAGCCAGGUACUGGAGGAUGUUCACAGAGUGGUAGGGGAUGACUCCUACCGUCCUCAGCACCCGAGGGAGCUGUGCAGCCGCAUCUUCACCACCUGCUACAUGGGGAGUGAAAACUCUUCAGAGGCCACAUGCAGCAGGGCCAAAGACCUGGCCAAUCAGAUCGGCAGCACACACAUGAACAUUAACAUAGACAUGGCAGUGAAAGGCAUUCUGAGUAUCUUCUCAGUGGUUACUGGAAAGUGGCCUCAGUUCCGCACCAAUGGAGGAAGCCACAGAGAAAACCUGGCUAUGCAGAAUGUGCAGGCUCGGGUCAGGAUGGUCCUGGCAUACCUGUUUGCCCAGCUGAGUCUGUGGGCCCGGGGGAAGCCAGGAGGAUUGCUGGUGCUGGGCUCAGCCAAUGUAGAUGAGAGUCUGACAGGAUAUUUCACAAAGUACGACUGCUCCAGUGCUGACAUCAACCCAAUAGGAGGCAUCAGCAAGACCGACCUGAAGAGCUUCCUGCUGUACUGCGUUGAGCAGUUCCAGCUUACUGCUCUGAGAGGCAUCCUGGCCGCUCCGCCCACAGCUGAACUGGAGCCACUGACAGACGGACAGGUGUCGCAAACAGACGAGGCAGACAUGGGCAUGACCUACUCUGAGUUAUCGGUGAUUGGACGACUCAGAAAGAUCUCCAAGUGUGGCCCCUUCAGUAUGUUCUGUAAACUCAUUCACAUGUGGAAGGAUGCCCUGUCACCCACCGAGGUGGCCCAGAAGGUGAAGCACUUCUUCCGAAUGUACUCAGUGAACCGCCACAAGAUGACCACGAUAACGCCAUCGUACCAUGCCGUCAGCUACAGUCCUGAUGACAACCGCUUUGACCUCCGCCCUUUCCUCUAUAACACACGCUGGACCUGGCAGUUCAGGUGCAUCGACAACCAGGUGUCCCAGAUGGAAGCAAACAACCCAAAGCAAUGACAAUCUGAGGUCUUCAGCGUCCAGUAAAAAUCCAACACAACUGUGACAGAUCAAAUACCAUCUUUUGGUUUUUGCAUAGCUUUCAGUCAAGCCAAAUACUUUGUACUGUGCAAGCACUGGGUCCAGGGGAAAUAUUAAUAUAUAAUAAUAAUAUUUUUGCCUUCUAAAGACCAACAGGAUACAAUAUUUUUAGUUACUUGCAGUAUUAGGGUGUAACAUUUUGGAUGAUCUGUUCAUAUUCUCAUUCAUAGCUAUGUUUUAAUUAGUGUAUAAUCACCUGAAUAUAAGAAUGAGCCAUUUUUGGGGCAUUUACCUUUUUUGUGCAUUUCGCAGCCACUGUAGUUUGUCCUUUGUGCUUGGAAGAGGAGGGGGAAAAGAGGGUGAAAAGAGGGAGUUGCUAUCUGCAACUAUAUACUACUAGAUGCCAAUAAAUCCUACACAAUGGAUCUUUUAAAUGGGUGGCAUCUUUAAUUCUAACUUUAAUGUUUAAAAUUGCUUUAUCUGUAUGCCUUUUAAAAAAACCAAAAAACAUCUUCAAACAAUACAAUACAAUCUUUAAUCUGCUUUAAUACAAUUCAUGUUUUUCUUAAUUAUGUAGGAUAUACUGUAACCACUGUUAUAGUUGUUUUACUACGGAUGCUUAAGCAUUAUCUGAAUAGAUUGGUUUAUCAAGGAUUUAUCCUCUGGCUACCAUGAAAGUAAGGAUGCACAGUAUGGAUUUUUUUUCAGCUAAUACUAUAACCAAUAAUUACCUGCUUCUCAUGGCCAAAAACAAUAGGAUAACUAAUGAUAUCACAUUUUUGUAUUUUACAAAGAAUUUCAUGAACUGGUUUUUAUAAACCUGAGGGUACGAAAGGCUGAGAUAUAGUGAGUAAAGAUGGAUGAUUUAAUAUUCCAUAGCUCUGUUCUAACCAGAUCUAACUGACAUCCCUAUUGUUAACAAUAACAACAACAAACAACAGUUCUUCAAAUACAUCAUAAAAAACUUUACAAACAUAUUUUGUCUGUCAUAGAACAUUCUAUAUUCUUAUGGACUUAUAACUUACUGGCUAUCAUUUAAUUUCUGGAAUAAUACAUAACAAUAUAACAUUUUCAUUAUUGGCCGUAACCCUACAUGAAAGUCCGUACAAAAUGUCACUGCAAUCCGUCCAGUAGUUAAUGAGAUAGAUGGAUGUUGCAGUUAUGUGGUAUGUGCCUUCACCAUAAUGCUACCAGGUCUUUGAAGAUUUUGAAAACAGCAGUACAAGAUUCAGAAACAUUUCUUGUUUGCUUUUUUAAUUCAUUUUGAGGUAAAAGAUAAGUUCCCAUUUUUUCAAGUCUGUCUUAAUACAAUACUCACAUGUCUAUAACUGUUUUACACUAUAUACUGUUUUUGCUCUAUCCACUUUGAACUGUAACAUUGGAAUUUCCCCAUUGUGGGACAAAUAAAGGUAUAUCUUAUCAAUCUUA